ACGACGCAUGCAAGCAACCUAAUACACUGACCGAAAUCUAUAGAGACUUUUUUUCACCACACUGUUUACUCAUGGACUACGACGCUCUCUCUCCCACUCAGAAGGAGGCUGUUGCUCAGCUCCAGGCUCUGACAGACGGAGGCGACGCCGAGGUUGCAAUUAACUUGCUGGAGAGCGCGCAAUGGGACGUUCAGCGCGCUGCGAACCUCAUGUUUGAACCCAACUCUUCCGCUCCUUUAUCAAUCUCACGAAAUUCCGAGGCAUCUUCGUCACAUGUCUCGACCCCAGUACGUGUAGAGUCCUUCAGCGUCGACGACUCGGAGCAAGCAGGUCUCUUGGGUGGACGCGCACCUGGCCGGCAGUUCGACCGUGUGGCUCCGACGUCGAACGCCGUGAACAUCUUCCUCAUCCGACCUUUGCGCAUCCUCAUAGCCAUCAUUGCCGUUCCUUACACGCUUCUCCGUGCCAUCCUUCGCGCACUGCGCAUACCGAUACCGUUGCCAGCUGUCCCACCGGCAUUUUCAAUCACUACUCUCGGGCUUGGGCUCAGCAGCUCGGGGUUCAGCCACAGACCAAGCUCGACGAAAGACCCCAAGAUCGCCGCGGAGCGCUGGAUCCAGAGUCUCGAGGAAGAGACGGGCUGUGCUUCGUUCUCCAGAUCCCAGGCAACCGAAGGCGAGACAUCUGGCAUCGCUUCGGGCUCGUCCUCCGUCCUCAGUCGUCGGGUGAACGACGAAGCGAACGCUCGCUUCCUUCCCGACUUUUUCGUUGGCGGUUACGAGGUCUUUGCGAAGGCUUGCGCCAAGGAGUCUGAGCCCAAGAUUGGCUGCAUCGUCCUCGUUAGCGAGGAGCACGACGACGUGGCCACUUUCAAACGCACCACGUUGACCGACCCCGAGUUUGUGCGCUUGAUGCAUGACAACGAUUUCCUUGUCUGGGGCGGUGAUAUCCGUGACCGCGAUGCAUGGAGUGCUGCACAAAAGCUACAGGCAACAACCUAUCCGUUCGUCGCCUUCAUCGCCCUGCAAGCUCGGCGUGGCAGCGGCUCAGGCUCCUCGCAGUCGCCCGUGCUCACCAUCCUAUCCCGUCACCAAGGGUCUUCCAUUCCUGCCGCGACGGCGCCCACGUCCGCUCGCACACUUGUCACACACCUGCAGGAGCACCUCCUCCCUCGCGUCAUCCCGUAUCUCACGCGCGUCCGCGCGCAGACGCUCGACAAAGAAGCCGCCCGUGCCGCCGAAGCGCGUGAGCGCGAACACGACCGUGCCCUUCGCGCCGAGCAGGACCGCGCCUUCGAGGAGAGUGCGCGGCGCGACCGCGAGCGCAUCGAGAAGAAGCGUGCCGAGCGGCGGCAGGCUGAGGAGGACGCACGGCAGCAGGCCGAGGCCGCGCAGCGCGCGGAGGAGCAGGCGCGCAGGGACGAGGAGGAGCGCGCGGCGUGGGCCGCGACACGCAUGGCGUGGCGGCGGUACGGCCGGCGCGCGCUGCUCCCGCGCGAGCCGCGCCCGGGCGAGACAGGGCGCGGGAAGACGGUGCGGGUGGGCGUGCGGAUGCCCGACGGCCGGCGCGCGGUGCGCUUCUUCGGCGAGAUGGACUCACUGACGGCCGUGUACGCGUUCGUCGACACCCUCCUCAUCCCCGACGCGCCCGAGUACGCACCGGUGGGCGACCCUGCGACGCCGCCCGAUGGCGAGGAGCUCGGCGAGCAGGGUCUGCUCCGCGCGAUGGAGAAGGUCGGGAAGAAGAACGGCGAGUGGUUCGGCUUCCGCCUCGCGAUGGCGUACCCGCGCAAGGAGAUUCACUGGGAGGCCGGCAAGCGCGUCGGCGAGGUCGAAGGCCUCAGCGGCGGGCAGCUCCUUGUCGAACUCUAUGACGACCUGAAGCGCCGUGUGAGCUCGGACAGCCGCCGCUCGUCCAAUGGGAACGAAAACGGUAACGACUCGGACGAGUAUGAGACGGAGAGCGACUGAGGCGUGCGUUUGGGGCCGCGCGGUCGUGGCAUGGACACUUGCUUGAGAUACACUCUACACUCGUUAAUUCACGCAAUGCUUUUGAUCCGUCUCUGGUUUUAUCCUAUAGGGUGCCCUAAUGCUGGUUUCGCCUAGAGUUUACUGGUCAUAUCUGAGAGAGCACCCUUGCUACAGAUUUCUUCAUACUAGAGGACAGUAAUGAUAUAAUUG